AUGUCGUCACCAGCGGUUGCUUCGAAGACGCCGUCCCUCGACGAGAAGAAUGCCGAGGAUGUUGAGAAAGCAGGCGUGGAUGUUCAAGUCUUCCAGGCCGGCGCAGAUGAUAUGGAUAUCGUUCUGGCGGAGAGCCAGUAUACUGAGGAACAGUACGCGAAACUCAAGAGGAAGAUUGAUCGCUACCUUCUUCCUUUGAUGUGGCUCUGUUACGGUAUCCAGCAGACAGACAAGACCUCGCUCGGAACACAAGCUAACUUCGGUCUGCGAGAGGAUACUGGUCUUGUGGGGAACCAGUAUUCAUGGCUUUCGACCAUCUUCUACCUUAUGUACUUGUUUUUCGAGUUCCCAUCUAACCUCAUCCUGCAACGCUGGAAAAUGGGCAAGACGUUGUCGAUUUACAUGUUGUGCUGGGGCGUGAUCGUCUUGUGUAUCGGUUUUGCUCAGAACUGGGCCCAGUUGAUGGCGCUUCGAGCAUUGCAAGGUCUCGCAGAGUGCUGCAUCUCUCCGGGGUUCAUCCUCGUCAUUGGUUCGUGGUACAAGACGAGGGAACAUCCCUCUCGUGCCCUCUUCUUCCAGAGUGCCAAUGCCGGAUUCGGUGUCAUUGCCGACCUCAUCUUGUAUGGGAUCGGAUCGAGAACCUCUGGUGAUAAAUCCUGGCGUGCAAUGUCCUACUUCUUGGGCGGCCUGACCAUCGUUGUCGGGACACUCUGUCUCUUCCUUCUCGGUACACCUUCAGAAGUCCCAUGGCUGACCGAAGAGGAGAGGCGGAUGGCCAACGCCCGGAUCGUUUCCAACCAGACCGGUCAUGAUCGGACGGGUGUGAAGAAUUGGAAGUGGGCACAAGUCCGUGAGGCAUUGACGGAUGCUACUUUCUGGUUCACCGGACUAAAUGCGUUCUUGAGUUCAGUGCCGAAUGGAGGUCUGACGACGUUUGGCAGUAUUCUCAACAAGAGUUUUGGAUUCACUUCCCUCGAGGUCAUUCUAUACGGAAUCCCUCGCAGUGUCUUCAGCGUGCUCUGGUUCAUUUUCAUCGGCAUCAUUACAACCAGGAUACCCAACCUCCGACUGAUCUUCAUGGCCUUCUGCACUCUUCCUUCUAUGGCUGGCUUCCUCGGAAUCUCGCUCCUGCCAAAUGAGCCAGCGUAUAAAUGGUCCAAGUGGGGCUGUUACUUCAUGACCGUCCCCUUCGUGGUCGGCUUGUUCAUGUCGUGGACUCUCAUCCCGUCCAACGUCGCAGGACGAACGAAGCGGACUAUCACGUCCUCGUUCACCUUCGUCGGCUACUGUGUCGGAAACAUGGUCGGCACUCAGAUCUUCCUCGCCAAGGACGCUCCGAAAUACACUGCCGCGACGACCGUAUGUGCUGUCUGCUUCGCUGCCGAGUUCGUCCUCUGUGUUUGUUGGCGGCUUGUAUACAUGCGCCGCAACCGCCUCAAAGAUGCAGCGCUCGCGAAGGACGGACUGACAGAGGAAGAGAGGAUCGCAAAGGGGAAGGAGUACGGCGAGUCGGACACGACAGACUUUGAGAAUCCUUAUUUGAGUGGUGCAGACGGCUAA